AAAUAAUACCUUAAUGAUAAGACACUAUAAAAAUCGAUUUUUGCUAAUAAAAUUUGUUAGUUUUCAAACGAUAACGUAUGUAACUUCGUAAAUUUAACAGUUACGUGUUAAAAUGACCGGCUUAUACAUAUUAUUCUUUGCCAUGCUUAUGGCAACAGUAAAUACACUAAAUCUCAAAUUACCCAGUGGUUGUUCCCCAAAUUCGAAGUGUCCAUUAAAUGACGAUGGAUAUGCAGUCCAUCUUCCUGAUAAUAACAACUGCCACAGAUUUUUUAAAUGUACAAGAGGAAUGGCAUGUUCAAAGGAAUGUCCACACUAUGGCAAUGGAAAUCAAUUAGUGUUCAAUCCGAAAGUACAAGUUUGCGAUUGGCCAUUUAACGUCCCAAAUCUACCAAAUUGCGUUUAUCCAGGGCAAUCAAUUUCAACAGAAAUAUCAUCAACGACGACAUCGACAACGACGACAACGUCAACGACGACAACGUCAACGACGACACCGUCAACGACGACAACGUCAACGACGACAACGUCAACGCCGACACCGACAACGACGACAACGUCAACGACGACAACGUCAACGCCGACACCGACAACGACGACAACGUCAACGACGACACCGUCAACGCCGACACCGACAACGACGACAACGUCAACGACGACACCGUCAACGCCGACACCGACAACGACGACAACGUCAACGACUUUAGUUACACCACCUUGUACAGGCACGAAGAAUAUAGAGGAUAAAACAGAUUGCAGGUACUAUUUUGAAUAUGAUUGCAAAACUGGGAAAAAGUGGAGAAAGAAAUGCCAAGAAGGACUCGUUUUCAAUCCGAUAAUCGAAAAUUGCGACAGACCAGCAAAUUAUCCUUGUUCAACGACAAUUCCACCUCGAAAAUAAACGAUGUAAUAAUGGGGAAGAAAAUUUUUCUGAAUUUUGGCAAUGCUGUUGAAAUAUAUUGAAACGAUUUCUAGAGAGAGAAAAAUAAUAAACUGCAACAAAAAUUGACCGUGUUACGUAUUUUACGAAAAUGAUUGUGUUUUUACAUUAAUUAAAGAAUAUUAUUGUGAUAGCAAGAUUUAAAAAAAAUAAAACAUUCAAAAUUGUA